CUUAAUCGUUUUUGCCUCGAGGCCACUAACGGUUUGACAAAGAGGAAGUUGCCGGGAUGCAGGCAAGCCCUAAGCAAAUAUGUUGAUUGAUGUCUGAAAGCUUUAAUAUGAUUGGCCGCUGGGAAUCAGAUGCUCGCGUGACCCCGCCCCCUGGUUUCCCUGCCGGCGUCUCUGGUAUAAAAGCAGCUUUGAGCUCGUAGCUCGUUGAGGAAAUCUUUGCUUUCCUUCACGGCGGGUGGCGUCCGGUUCGUGGAGCUCCUCCGAAUAAACUAGUCCCCGAUUGUUGAUCGAUUUCCAGAUCCGCCGUAAGCCUCCACCAUGAUGCAGAUCAACAGCGACUCCUCCACCAACAAGCAUUCGCUCAUCAACGUCAUGCACCGCUUCAUCGCGGCCGCCAACAACAUGGACGAGACCAUCAUGGUGCCCAGCCUGCUGCGGGACCUGCCGCUGGACGAGCAGGCCUGCAGCCAGGGGGAGGCCAACAACAACGAGCCGCCCUGCUCCAACAAGCAGAGGGACAUGUACGAGCACUACCUGCUGCUCAAGUCCAUCAAGAACGACAUGGAGUGGGGCCUCCUCCGCAGGGAGAUGAGCAGCGGCGCCAGCUUCCUGGAGAUGGCCGUGAAGCAGGAGGAGCAGCAGCCGGUGACCGGGGCGCUGCCCCUGGACGACAACGCGGACCUGGAGCGGCAGUUCCACUAUCACCUCCGAGGACUGUUCGGAGUUCUGUCCAAGCUGACGCUGCAGGCGGACGACCUCACCAACAGAUACAAGCGGGAGAUCGGAGGAGGGAACUUCAUGCGAUAAGCUCCUGCUGGACUCGAACUUUAACGGGAUAACUUGUGCAAUCUCAGAACGUGAACUAACGGGGCUCCAGUCUUCUCACUCCUGAGUAAAGCCAUUUUUAACCGCCUCCACCCCCAUCAGGAACCCAUGAAGCCUGACUCUUGGUGGAGGUUCACCCAGAUGAUGCUCAGCAUGUUGGAGAUGCUGUCCUGCUCUUGAAACUGUAAAUAUCUGUAGUGCUGAGCUGAGGGCCCUCACCUGUGUAGCUCCAACCUUCCCACCUGGUGCUGUGCCUUGACUUUGUCUUCACUUGUACCCUGUUCAGUUCACUGUGACUAAUGGCUAAUUUUUGUCUGUAAUUAAAUAUUCUAGAAAUGGGUUUUUAUAUUGAUGCAGUUCAACUAAAAUAAAAAAAGAAAACUUGGAAUUUGAA